AUGUGGCCGUUGAGCGUUUCGUUGGUACGACUGGCAACUCUGGCUAUCUUUGCCGUUUGCCUCAACUUCAUCCUCAAGACCUUACUCCGACCAUACUUCUCACAGUUACGACAUCUUCCAGGGCCAAAGAACCAUCAAUUCUUAGUCGGCCAUGCCUUGCGAAUACUCCGUGGUUCGGGACCCAAUGAGCUCUAUCUCCAGUGGAUGCGGCGUUGGCCGAACGCCCCGUUCAUACGAUGUCUAUCCUGGCUCAACUCGGAGGUUCUCCUCGUUAACAACAUAGAGGCGUGUCGUGAGGUCCUCCAAACUAAUGCCUGCUGUUUCGCGAAACCGGCAUUCUUUCAUACGCUUGUUGGGGAGUUCCUGGGCGUUGGACCUCUAUCUCGCCCAAGCAUUCGGAAGCUAUUCCCAACGUUUGUGAAAUACUCUCACAAGUUGAACAGUGAAAUUGAUGCUGCGAUCCAACAAAGCAGCGACGGCGUGCUGGAAAUCGAAGAUCUUUUUACAAGGGUGACGCUUGACAUCAUUGGUGUUUCGCUUGUCGGUAAAGAACUUCGAGACUUUCGCUCAAGGACCUCGCCUUUGUCAUUUGAGCAGUGCUACAACGGUAUCUUAGCUCAGCCACUUGCCGGCCAGAUCAUAAGUUUCAUCAAUCCCUUCAUCCCGCUCCGCUGGCUACCUGCAUCCGCAAACCUGAAGUUUAUCAAGGCUAAAUCUGCUCUCAAGGGUAUGAUGACAGAACUAAUCGAGCAGCGAACAUCCGAGGUCGAAAGGGCAAAGGAGUUGGGUACAAACAGUGGAUUAUCACAUGAUUUGUUAACAAGAAUGAUCGAGGCCAGUUCUGUUGAGAACCAGAAGUUGUCUAAAGAUGAGCUGAUCGAUAUCACUAUGCAGGUCAUCGCGGCGGGGCACGAAACUACGGCCAGUGCCCUUCUUUGGACCACCUAUGCCCUUUCCAAAGACCAGAAGUCACAGCAAAGAUUAAGGGCUGAGAUAAUUAAUCUCAGUGACAACGAUAUGACCGCCAAGUCGAUAGACGAACUUCCAUAUCUCGACAACGUCAUUCGAGAAGCUCUACGUGUGUGCUCGCCUACCCUAAUAAUCCCAUGGGAAGCACUUGAGGAUAUCGAAAUAGCAGGCGCCAGGAUCCCAAAAGGGACCACGGUUCAGCUCGUUCCAGCAAUGACGCAGCUGAACCCCGAGAUCUGGGGUCCCGAUGUAGAGACUUUCAAUCCUGAUCGAUGGGAUCACCUAUCUGACGAUUCCUUGAGCCCAUAUGCUAUGGAGACAUUCUCAAACGGGCCUCGCAUGUGUCCCGGAAAAGCGUUGGCAUUGCUCAAUAUAAAGGUCUUGUUGGUUGGGUUGAUCAAAGACUUUAAGAUCGAGAGUGUUGAGGAUAAGGAAUUGGAAUUCAGAAACCCGAGUUUGACUUUGAAGUCCAAGAGGCCACUCCAGUUCAAGGUACAACGUAUUGGUGAAGCACCUUGA